GAGGAAGAGGAAGGGGACGAGGACAACGAGCAACUGGGCGGCGGAGGGCGAGGAGGAGGAAGAGGAGGCAGACCAACAAGAUGGCCCCUGCUGCAGGAGCAGCCUCAGCAGCAGGUGGGAAGCCGGAGGCGGCGCUGCCGGUGGCGGCGGCAGCCGUGGCCCAGCGGCCUGGGACAGAGUCAGAGUCGACGGUGGCAGCGGCGGCGUCGGCAGCUGCCGUGGCGGUGGUGACGGCCGCGGGGACUCGGAGCUGAGAGGAGCUGCUGCUCGGACCAGCGCGGUUAUAUUUCACACUAUGUGCUGACUGUAUCUACAGAAGAUAUUUAAAAAAAAAAAAGAUAAACUUUUUUCAAAGAUUUUGAUUCCAGUGGAAUCUUUGCUUUAGAUUUUUUGUGUGUGUAUGUGUUAGUGAAUUGUAAUUCCAGAAGCAAUGCCUGUACAAGCUCCACAAUGGACGGAUUUCCUCUCCUGCCCAAUUUGCACUCAGACUUUCGACGAAACUAUUCGAAAGCCCAUCAGUUUGGGCUGUGGCCAUACUGUCUGCAAGAUGUGCCUAAAUAAACUCCAUCGCAAGGCUUGUCCUUUUGACCAGACCACUAUCAAUACAGACAUUGAGCUCCUCCCCGUAAACUCAGCAUUGCUGCAGUUAGUGGGUGCUCAGGUCCCUGAGCAGCAACCUAUUACUUUGUGUAGUGGAGUUGAAGACACAAAGCAUUAUGAGGAAGCCAAGAAAUGUGUAGAAGAAUUAGCAUUGUACCUGAAACCACUCAGCAGUGCUAGAGGAGUGGGUUUGAAUAGCACUACUCAGAGUGUUCUGAGUCGCCCAAUGCAGAGGAAGCUUGUGACUCUGGUCCACUGUCAACUAGUGGAAGAAGAAGGUCGGAUCCGUGCCAUGAGGGCAGCUCGCUCAUUAGGUGAACGAACAGUUACAGAGCUCAUUCUCCAGCACCAGAAUCCUCAACAACUCUCUUCCAAUCUUUGGGCAGCAGUCAGGGCUAGGGGCUGCCAGUUCCUUGGACCAGCAAUGCAGGAAGAAGCUCUAAAGCUGGUUCUACUGGCCUUAGAAGAUGGUUCUGCUUUGUCAAGAAAAGUGUUGGUUCUCUUUGUGGUGCAAAGGUUGGAGCCCCGGUUUCCUCAAGCCUCUAAAACUAGCAUUGGGCAUGUUGUUCAACUCCUUUAUAGAGCCUCCUGCUUCAAGGUCACCAAACGUGAUGAAGACUCUUCUUUGAUGCAGCUGAAAGAAGAAUUUAGAACCUAUGAAGCUCUACGGCGAGAACAUGACUCCCAGAUAGUGCAGAUUGCUAUGGAAGCAGGCUUACGAAUUGCACCAGACCAAUGGUCCUCUUUGCUUUAUGGAGACCAGUCUCACAAAUCUCACAUGCAGUCCAUUAUUGACAAGUUGCAGACCCCAGCCUCUUUUGCACAGAGUGUUCAGGAACUAACAAUUGCUCUCCAGCGGACUGGAGACCCAGCAAACUUGAACCGACUAAGACCACAUUUGGAGCUGUUAGCAAACAUUGACCCUAGUCCAGAUGCUCCUCCUCCUACGUGGGAACAGUUAGAAAAUGGACUGGCUGCUGUACGUACAGUAGUACAUGGGCUGGUUGAUUAUAUCCAGAACCAUAGCAAAAAAGGAGCAGAUCAACAGCAGCCUCCACAGCAUAGCAAAUAUAAAACGUACAUGUGUCGAGAUAUGAAGCAGAGAGGAGGAUGCCCUCGUGGGGCCAGCUGUACCUUUGCACAUUCACAGGAGGAACUGGAAAAAUUUCGUAAGAUGAACAAGCGCCUGGUUCCCAGAAGACCCCUGAGUGCCUCUUUGGGCCAGCUUAAUGAGGUGGGCCUGCCCUCAACAGCUAUCCUUCCAGAUGAAGGUACAGUGGAUCUGCCUAGUAGAAAACCUCCUGCUCUGCCAAAUGGAAUUGUAUCAGCAGGGAAUACAGUAACACAGCUUAUUCCACGAGGGACGGACCCCAGCUAUGAUUCUACUCUGAAACCAGGAAAGAUAGAUCAUCUGAGCAGUAGUGCUCCUGGAUCCCCUCCUGACUUGCUAGAAUCUGUCCCUAAGAGUAUUUCUGCCUUACCUGUGAAUCCACAUCCUGUACCUCCAAGGGGACCCACAGAGCUGCCUGCCAUGCCUGUCACCAAACCACUUCAGAUGGUCCCACGAGGUUCACAGUUAUAUCCAGCACAGCCGGCAGAUGUUUAUUAUCAGGAUCCUCGAGGAGCUGCUCCACCGUUUGAACCAGCACCUUAUCAGCAGGGUAUGUACUAUACUCCACCACCACAGUGUGUGUCCCGCUUUGUCCGACCUCCACCAUCUGCUCCUGAACCUGGUCCUCCAUACUUGGAUCAUUAUCCACCCUACCUCCAAGAUCGCGUAGUAAACUCUCAAUAUGGCACGCAGCCACAACAGUACCCCCCUAUGUACCCACCUCACUAUGAUGGCCGGCGAGUAUACCCUGCUCAGUCUUAUACGAGAGAAGAGAUAUUCCGAGAAAGCCCUAUACCCAUUGAGAUUCCACCUGCAGCAGUACCAUCUUAUGUACCAGAAUCCAGAGAAAGAUUCCAACAGAUUGAGGGUUACUAUCCAGUGGCUCCUCCUCCACCUCAGAUCCGACCUUCGUACCUCAGAGAGCCUCCUUACAGCCGGCUUCCUCCUCCCCAGCCCCAUCCUAGUCUAGAUGAACUACAUCGCCGACGAAAGGAAAUAAUGGCCCAACUGGAAGAAAGAAAGGUUAUCUCUCCCCCUCCUUUUGCACCUUCACCAACAUUGCCUCCUACCUUCCAUCAAGAGGAAUUUUUGGAUGAAGACUUGAAGGUAGCUGGGAAAUACAAAGGGAAUGAUUAUAGCCAGUAUUCUCCCUGGUCAUGUGACACCAUCGGCUCCUACAUUGGAACCAAAGACGCAAAACCAAAAGAUGUUGUGGCAGCAGGGAGUGUGGAAAUGAUGAAUGUGGAGAGUAAGGGAAUGAGAGACCAGCGAUUGGAUCUGCAGAGAAGAGCAACAGAACCCAGUGAUGAUGACCUUAUCCCGUUUGGAGACCGACCAACAGUGUCUCGGUUUGGUGCCAUCUCUCGAACUUCCAAAACAAUAUAUCAGGGCGCUGGCCCAAUGCAGGCUAUGGCACCUCAGGGAGCUCCCACAAAAUCUAUUAACAUUUCAGAUUAUAGUCCAUAUGGAACCCAUGGUAGCUGGGGAGGUUCUCCGUAUUCACCUCAUCAUAGCAUACCUUCUCAGGGACACUUCAGUGAGAGGGAGAGAAUAUCCAUGUCUGAAGUGGCCAGUCAUGGAAAACCCCUUCCAUCUGCUGAGAGGGAGCAGCUGCGACUAGAAUUACAGCAACUGAACCAUCAGAUUAGCCAGCAGAGCCAGCUGCGUGGACUAGAGGCUGUUAGUAACAGGCUGGUGUUGCAGAGGGAGGCAAACACCCUGGCAGGCCAGCCACAGCCUCCACCACCACCUCCAAAAUGGCCUGGAAUGAUCUCAAGUGAGCAGUUGAGCUUGGAACUGCACCAGGUGGAAAGAGAAAUUGGGAAGAGAACCCGGGAACUAAGUAUGGAGAACCAGUGUUCUCUGGACAUGAAAAGCAAACUGAAUACAAGUAAGCAAGCAGAGAAUGGACAACCAGAACCACAAAACAAAGUUCCAGCUGAGGACCUUACAUUGACAUUCAGUGAUGUACCAAAUGGAUCAGCCUUGACACAAGAGAAUAUCAGCCUCCUAUCAAACAAGACCAGCUCUCUGAACCUGUCGGAGGACCCCGAGGGAGGAGGAGAUAACAAUGACUCCCAGAAAUCAGGAGUUACUCCCAGUUCUGCUCCCUAAACUAUGAGGAGUUGUACUUUUAUCUUCUGCUCCUAAACAAUUUGUAGGGCCUAGGGGUAGGAAAAUGGAUAACCUCUAAACUUUUUUUCUAAGAGUGGUCAGAGAAAUCCAGGAAAUGUACCAGAGGCAAUGUGCACAAACACCACUACUAAAACAAACCCUGCACAUAGUUCACAUUAAUGCAUUUUUUUAAUUUAAAGAAAAAGAAAAUUAGCAGUAUCUGCAAGCAAUUCAGAUUAAAUUUGUUUUUGUUCUGUGAAUGAACUUUAUUUUAAUAACUUUGGACGCCUUGGAUCCAGGGCUUUAAAAAAAAAGAAGAUAUUAUAUAUACACUCUGUUUGAUUAAUUGUAUGAUCUUAAUGAAGUAGGUUUUUCUUGUAUUUUGGUAUUAUUACAUACCCAGUGUAUAAUUCCCUGCCCCCAAUCCUUUCCAACUCUCACCACCCCAUAAACUUAAAACAGACAAAAAGCAUUAGCCCUUCUGAGAAUUCUCUGGUGCUUAAGAAACAAAGAGACAACAAUAAACUGAGAUAUUAGAAAAUGUGCAGCAAACCAACUUUUCCCAGAAUUUUUUUUCUUUAUGGAUCACCAGCUUUAUGGAUAGAUAUAUUUUUCUUAGGACAUUGAAGUGUUUUUUAGGAUAGUUUUAUUUCUUAUUUUCAACUUUUCAGAGAGAUAAUUACAGACAAUUUUUGAAGUCCCCAUUUCCAUAUUAAAGAUCUUUUAUAUUCUCUUAAUGUCAUGAGAAAGCCGAUUUCUGUGUUUAAUUAGAUUUGAAGGGAGAUUAAGAAUGAACUUAAUAGCACUGAAAAUACAUGGUUGGUAUAUUGCCUGUGUUCAACCCAUGGUUGGAAAUUUGGAGCUGUGCUUUCCAAAUUAAACUUUUGCUGAAAACAGAAUGCUCAAAAACCAGGACAGUCAACCAUGUCAUAAAACUGCAAUACUUGAUUUGAAUGUAACAAUGAACAAAGCAACAUUAUUUUGAAUGGGUGUUUUUAUUUGACUCUCAAAAUCUAAAAGUAUAAAAUAGAAUCCCUCUAUACUACAGCCCCUGGUUUUAAAGAGAUUUGGCAAAUAUGAACUGCCUGACUCUGACGCAUAGUUUAUGAAUUGAUAACUUUUUGCUGCUUAAACUCAUCAGCAUAAGUAGGUAGGAAGUACCUUGGCAUCAGUUUUUGUAGACUUGGCUUUCCAAUAUUGAAAAUGUUAAUUCAUGAGAAUUUUGAAAAUAGGAAGACCUUUUUUAUUAUUUAAUUUUGCUGCACAUAUUCUGAUGCCACGUGUCUCUGCUUAACUAAGGCCCUGUAAAACAUGUUUAGUGGGGAUAAUUUUAUAUAGUUGCCUUCUCCAUCCCUCUAUUUUCUAAAUUAUUUUCAGUUUCUCUCUCUGGAUUAUACUACUAAAUCAGAAAGCACUGGUUAUGUAAUAAGUUACUGCAUUGCUUUGGUUGGGUAAAAACAAGAGUUUAUAUUUUUCUUGUUUCUUAUUUUCUUAACCCUUAACUCCUGCUGAGGUCAUAACCUCAGUCUAAGCUCUGUGUCCAUCAUACUGUUAACUGAAACAAAUGAGGGUGGGGGUGGGAAGGGUAAUACAGUCCUGCCAUUGCCUACCAGUAGGAGAGUCCAAACAGAACACUCUUUUGAGUAGCAAUUAUUUAAUUUGCCCAGUCAAGGCACCAUGUUUAUAUACUAUUUCACAUUGAAUUUGAUUAUGCCCUACAGACCUGGCUGGUCAAGGAUUUGAUAUACACAUAUUGGCUUGGGAUUCGAGCUUUCUUUUUUAUUUAAAUAAAAAUUUAUAUAUAUAUAUUAUAUAUAUACAUAUAUACAUAGCUAUAUCUGUAUAUAUAUUGGGUAUGUUUUAAGGAUUUUUUCGCAUGAGCGCAGCUGUUGCGAUAAAAUGACUGAUUGGGAGGUGGAAGCACUGAAUGAAAGUGAGGCAUUUUUUCAGUUGAUAUGUACAUUUUCCUUUUUUCUAAAUAUGUUUUUGGGGUUUUUUUAAUUGCUUAUGGUUUUUUGUUUUGUUUUUUUUUUACUUUUGCUUAAAACCCUCCUACAUUUAUGCUUUAAAUUCUUAUUGUUUAUUGGGAGAAGGAAAGAAACUUUUGUAUGUUUGGCAGAGUCCCAAGAUUUUUUAUUUCUCUGCUUAACAAUAAAAGGCAAUAUUGUUAGCCUCCAACCUUCUGUAGGCAGAUUUGGGCAGAUCUUACUUUUUUGGAUGUGUCGCAUAAUUCUUAAAUGUUGGAAGCACUUUGGAACUCAGAAUGAUUGACUUUGUUGAUGUUUAGUAUGAAAGUGAAGUUUCAUUUUGGGUAUCUAUUGAUGAAACCCCUAAUAUCCAUUUUUGUUACUCUUGUUCAUAUUCUACCUUCAGGUACACUCAUUCUUGCUUGCACCAUUUUGAUUUUGUGAGAUAGAGCAGAACAGGGAUUAAUUCUUGUAGUAUUACUUUUCUGAACAAAACCAGAAAAGCCACUGUGUAGAUGUCUUUCUCUUUUUAUGCAUUUUCUUUUGGGGGGGGGGGAGGAAUAUCCCUUAAAUUGUAUCCUGAAUUCUAGUUGUAUUCCUGCAUGGGCCCACACUAUAGAUGGAAACCUGGUUGGAUAGAAGGGCAGAAGAAUGUUACAUUGUCCCAAUGUGCCUAUAAUUUAUCUAUUUUAAAUUGGUCAUUCUGCCUUACCUAAUGGAAAUUUUUGCAGUUUUCCUAGUGUUCACCAAUGGGUUUAAGAAUUUGCUAAAACCCCCGAACUAUUUUUUUUUUCUUUUUCUCCCUUAUAUGAUCAGCCUGUAAGAGUAAACAGCCUAUUUGGCAUAACUAUUUGACUCUUUAAUUGUCUUUCUUCUUUUUUUUUUAAUCAAAAUCUGAAAGGUAGUGAUUUUUUCCUGCUUUUUAAAUUUUGUUUCCUUAGUGACAGUUAAGAGAUGAAACCAAUAAAAUAGAAAAUAUUGUUUCUAUGCUUUCUACUUAUUAAAAUGUUAAUUUCUUCUGAGGAUGACUUUGUUUUUCACUGAAUUCAAAAGCAAGAAUUAGAUAUCUCAGAUGAACAUAAACACUUUUGAAAGAGUUAAGGUAGAAGUAAUAAGCAUUGUGUUUACUCUUAUUUAAAUAACAGGCCAGGAUUUUAUCAUAGGGAGGAUUUUAAGUACUUUGACUUAUUCUUUGCUCAAGAGGUCUCUAGAAAAAGGUGGAAGAACUGAAAAUAAGGCAUCUAGAUUUAGUUUCCUGUUUUACAUGUAGUUCUUUUGUUUAAUUUAUAGAUACUAUCACAAAAUAAGUCUAUUAGCUGUUCUUAUAUAAUUUACAGAGACUGAAGUGACCAAAGAUCUACUUCUUACCACUUUUCCAAUUAAAGGAAAAAUUAGUUAUAGCAUAGGUUUCUAAUAAUAAUAGUCAACUAAUAAUAGACACUAUUCCUAAUGCCAACUACAAAUAUUCAGCUACUCAGAAUGUAUAAAAAUCUGCUUGAUACAGCAUUAAUGUGAGGUGAUUCCCUUCUCCCAUCUUAUUUCCCUUCCCUUCUCCUAUUCUUUCCCAUGUAUUUACUUUUUUUGCCUAAAAGACAGAAAAUCAGUAUGAUUUCUCGUCUGCUACUUUGAUUAUAUAACUCCAUCAGACUUUCCAUAGGUCUUCAGAUUUUAAGCUCAAAGUUUAAUCAUAAGUUUUUCCAUGAAUGUCUUUUUUUUUUCUUGGCCCUUUUUCAUCCUACGGUUCCCCCUUGACUUACCCACUGCCUUCCCCAAUCUGCAACAGUGACAGUUUGCUGCCUCAAAACAGAGCAUUCAAAUGAAUUCGCUUAGCCAAUAACUUCUGUGAAGUUGCCUUUUCUAAUGGUGUUAUUACUCAGUGAUGCACAAAUGUGGUAUUUGCCCUACUGGUAGGCAAACAAAGGUCUGGUUAAGAAUGAUAACCUGCUGUUUUCUUUAAAGGAGAGCCAAAGACUUGUGCUUUACUCUGUUUUGGUUUGGGGGGAAGUUGUAGCCAUUUUGAUUGUGAACUUUGUAGUAUUUGUGAGUUGAUUGUACUGUGUAAGUAGAUACAUCUAAAGUUAACUAUUAAAGUUAGCUAGCCUUAUAAAAUGUAAAAGUAAUGGAAAUCCAUCAGUUUCUCUAAACCAGUGAAUUUCAUCUUUUCUAAUACUGUGUAUAAACAUUUGUUCCCUCACCCCUUGCUUUUUUUGAGAUUACCUUGUUGUGAUACAUCUUCUGUGUUUUUAUGGGAUUUUUUUUCCCGUUGUGCCUAAAGGACAAUCAGCCAUCUCUGUGAUCAAGUCAUGAGUCUGGAUAAAAGAAUUCAUGAGCACAUGACUGGUGAGACAUAAUUAACGGUAGUCAGUACAUGUUCAGAUGAUGUUAACUUUCAGAGAAAAAUGUUCCUUUCACUAAAGAAGUAUUCAGUCAAUGGUACUUAUAUACAAAUGGUGGUGGAGAGCAGUCUUACCAUCAUCUCCGUGUUGAAAAACACCUGUAAUGAUUUACAGUUCAUUAAAAGGAAUGGCCCAAUUUUUAGGAGAAAUUCAUAACCUGCUUGGAAAUUAACUGCAGAUUUGGUGAUACAUGGUUAAAGUGUUGCAAAGUGAUCUCUUUCUGAAAAAUUUGCUCAUCCUUCUUUUAAAAAUUGGAUAGAACUACUAAAUUAAAGCAAAUUUUACUUUCCUUGUUAAGGAUUGAACAAGCAAGCAGUCUGCCCCAGUCAAAUCAUUUUACCUGAGUACCCCUUUUGCUGAUCCACACUCAUACCCUUCUACCUUUGACAGCUAUGAUUUUUAUAUUUAUUGCUUCAGCUCAGCUUUAUGAAAUUUUCCUGCUGAAAUAACUUAAUGAGAGUUGUAGGUGGAUUGCAGUUAAUAUUUUUAAAAUUUCUCAAUUCAGCUUGUAUGAGCCACUUCAAAAAGAAAGCUGUUUUUUGGUCAAAAGGUACAAUUAAUUUUAGUAAAUACAACUGAAGAUUUGGAUUUUAAAGGUGUUAUUUCUGAUUGCUAAAGAAGUUUUCACAAGUAAUAGAUUCUAAUUGAUAAGAAAUACUAGCUAUACUAUUAAUAAAGAAUAAGAAACUGCUACCACCAGGAAUAAAUAACACCUUUUAAUAACAAGUGUGUUUUAAUACUGCACUGAACAAGUGGGUAAAGAGUCUGUCGAAGUCCUGUUGUGAUAAAGGAACUUAACCUCACCACUGGAAUCCUUGUUUUCAGGGCCUCUGGAUUUUCAGCCAAACACUGAAUUUCCCCUAAAUUUCAUCCCUGUGCAAAAACAUCCUUAGAGUAAUAACCUUUAUUUUCACCAGAAAAUAAGGCAUAAUAACCCAAGGGGGGAAACUUAAACCUGAAGACAAUAUUAUGUCCAAAAAUGUGUAUUUAGGAAAAUAAAAUCCUGUGGAGUUUGUUGUCCUAAUGUAUAUUGUAUAACUAGAUUAGGUGAUUUCUUUUCUUAUAUUAAGUUCUCAGUCUUUCUGCUUGGUUUUUGUUUGUUUUUGUUUUUUUACUCUAAGCAGACAGAGCUCACAAGUCUUUGGCAUCCAUUUGGGUUAUACACUCAGAGUCAUCUUAUAACUGGAAACUGUCAAGUGGUCCCCCACCUCAGGGAGUAUAUGAAAGGGUCAAGAAAAGGACAGAAACAAACUACUGGGUGGAUAAUUUGUUGCCUGAUUUUUUUUUUUUUUGUCUCAUGGUUUUAAAUGGCCAUUUCUUAGUGUCAUUUCUCUCCAUUGAUUGGCUGCCAUUCCCACAGUAAUACCUGAAUUACUCUGUAAAUUUCUGACUUAGGGGCAUUCAGAGCUUUUGCUUACCAUUUUUACAUCCUCUGUUCAACUAAGACACUGUCCUGAGAGUUAGUUUUUCCAAAUGUAUUGUUGCCUGAAUUUUCAUACUUUCCCCCUUUCAUCCUGAAGGGAACUUGAAGAGUUUUCAGUUUUAUUCAUUGGUCCAUGGACCUCAUUGUCUUAUUUGUGAUGAAUCUAUGACUUUUUGGAAAAAGAGCAAUGGAAAAAGUGAAUGAAGGCAAUGAGCGAAACCUUCCUUCCACUUCAGCGUUUUCCAGUUGUGAGGUCCCUCUGUGUGUGUGUGUGUGGCCUCUCCCCAUGUCGUCCCUGCCGUCCCUUCUCCCUGACCAUGGUCCGUUUGGUCUUUAGGCUCAUACCAGUCUCCCGAGACAUUCUGCAGUCAUUAUCACCUUUUUGGGUGGAUUUUAUUUUGGCUUUUUUGUUUUUGGUUGGUUCGUUGGUUGUUUUUAAAUAACUUUUUAACAUUGACGCAUAUUUGCUUGGGAUAGAGCUUACGUACUUUACCAAUCGUAUUGAUUGUAUGUGAUUGUGCCCUGCAGAGGUAUAUUUAACAAAACAAAAAUAAUCUAGGUUAAUAAAGGAGCCAUGAGAUUUGAGUCAGAUUUUAAGUGACUUUAUGAAAUCACUUACAGUUUUGGAUAGUGAGGAUUUGUAUCUUCUGUUCUUAUAAAUCAGUGCUAGACAGAAUACCAUUUUUUAAAAAGUUGUCUUGCAUUUCUGUUUUUUUAAUUGCCCCUGCUCCCUAUUCUUUCUUGCCUGCCUCUACUCACCCAUUUUGAAAUGAAAUAUAUUCAGCCUUAAAGUUACAUCUGAUUUUUAAAUUGCUGAAUUUUGUGAAAUUUUACUUUCCUUGUGAAGGAAAAAGUGAAGACAAAUACAGAUAAUGGGUUGGAAUUUCACAAGCUGUGAAUAAUUCCCUUGGAUCUGACAAACUGUGAAAUCUUAUUUGAAGUCUUUAUCUCUUGACAGUUCUUUUGGAAUAGGAAAAAGAACCCUCUUUGAAAUGGACUGUUCUCCUCUUGUUUUUAAUCUGUUUAAUACUUCCAAUUUUUAAAAAACCUUCAAAGGUAGUGAGGUGGAAAAAGAGAAAGAAUAGUAAAAAGGUGAUUAGGGCAACAGGAUUCUGGAUCUGAAUAGUACAUCUUCCACUGGUUGCAGGUUUUUGAGAUUAGGACCAUGUUUUUCAAUUUUGUAUUAUUUGUGUGCAUGUUGUUUAUAUCAAAUAUGCCACAUUUUGUUAAAACGCUGUUCCCUUUCUUUAUUACCUUGGAAACUGACUCAGCCUCAUGUUGCUCCUAAUUAGUGUUUAAGUCUCCCAUAAGUUGCAGAUAAAAGGAUUUAUUUUAACAAGUAGAAGGAGGUGAUUCACCUUUUGGAUUGUAAAUAUAUGAAAGUGUCUACAAGGUCUUUAUCUGCUUUCUGUCAGCAUUUAUAUUAAAUGAUAAAUUAAUGA